AUGCCAGGGGAUACCCAAGACUCUAUAAUUGUGAUCACCUUCAUGAUAGGAGAACCAAAUUUUGAAGAAUCCCAGAGUGCUGUACCAGCAGGGACAACACGAGUUGAGAGCAUCGAACUUGUCCUGCCACCUCAUGCAAACCACCAGAGUAACACUUUUGGAGGACAAAUCAUGGCUUGGAUGGAAAGUGUUGCUACGAUCUCUGCAAGCUUUGAAGUUGGUGUCUGUGCAGAAGCCUAUCAUCAGGAAGACUGGGAACGGAAAACACACAUCAAUAGCGCCUUUCUGACCUUUGUUAUGCUGGACAAAGAUGGAGAGCUCAGCACGUUGCCCUGCAUUAAGCCAGAACCAGGGGAUGGAGAAAGAAGAUACCGUGAAGCAAGCGCAAGGAAGAAAAUACGACUUGAUAGAAAAUACAUCAUUUCAUGUAAGCAAACUGAAGUACCACUAUCUGUGCCCUGGGACCCCAGCAAUCAGGUUUACCUCAGCUACAAUAACAUUUCUGCACUGAAAAUGUUGGCUGCAAAGCAAAACUGGGUACUGAACAGCACACGCAACAAGGCCAAACUGUUCACUCUGGAGGAAGGUCAGUUUCUGUCCUUCAAAGCAGAAAUGUCUGUUUCUGUAAACAUCAAGCAAGUUUUCCUGCUCCUGUCUGAUAUGAGCCGUCGACAUGAAUGGGAUACCCACUAUCAGAAAUUUGAGUUGAUACAAAAGGUGGAUGAAGAUGAUGUCAUCUAUCACGUGAUCUCCCCUUCUGUCAACAAGGAGAGUAAAUUUCAAGACUUUGUUUUACUGGCAUCUCGUAGAGUACCUUGUGCUGAUGGCGAUCCGUAUCUGAUAGCCCUCCGCUCAGUCAGUCUCGCUGCGGCCCCACCAAUUGAGGGUCUUGUUCGAAGUGAAGUGUUGUGUGCAGGCUUUACACUUUGGGAAGAAGAAGUCACUCGCACUAGGAUUACGUACUACAUUCAGGCGACCCCUGGUGUUCUCCCGUAUAUCACCCGUGACAUUACUGGACUUUCUGCUGACCUCUGUAAAGUCAUUGAGGCUUGUAAUAAGUUUCUCGAACAAAAUAAGGAUGUGGACUAUGUAGUUUUGUAAUAUUUGUGCGAUGUACGGCAGGAUACCUGUUUCUGCACAGUCUGCAUCACAUAAUAAUCCAGGGGAUUGGUGCAAGAGGAGCUAGGUCAUGGGAUAAAUGAGAUGUCGGUUCAGUCUUGAUCAACUGGAACUCAGAAAUUGUAAUGAUGAUUAAGCUCGUUGAGCUUUUACAGUGCAUAACUUUUGUAUAUUUUUGUAGUAAUGGCAUUGUUCUUGGUUAAUUGAGAUUGUACACAAAUGGAACUCCAUUAUGUAAUAGUGUGUAGUUCUUGGAAACUACUGUUAUCUGAUUAGAGAAGUGAUCACUGCAAUAAUUUGUAAACUUGAGUAAAGUUUUUGUACAGAAUAGUAACUGCCUCUUGCAUACAGCAAUUUAUUACAGACUGCCCAAUUUAAUUUGUUUUAUUGUAAUUUUCAGAAGAAUGAACUUUAAAGAUGAAUAAAUGAGGAAUUUAAGAAUAAUUGUCAUUGAUAAAAGACUAAUAUUUUUAAUUGAUGAUCAUUUUACUGGUCACUGAGCCUACCAAAUAUUUUCGAUGCUUUUUGGAUGUGUAUAGUGAGAUUUUUUUCCCUAUUCUUUACAAUCUGCCAAUAAAUUUAUUCAAACAAGUCAUUGUUCUCUGUAAAGUUAAAUUUGACAAUUUUUUUUAGUUUCUGAGUUGAGAGUGUGGAUUCAGAAAGUUACUUUAUCAUUAAGUCACAAUCAAUUAUCCUUACAACUGGAACUACACCCAGUGCUCGUGUUAAUGCUACACUUUAGCACUGAAACACAGAUCAAAAUUAAUUUAAUCCGAUGGGAGAAUCAAAGUUACCGACAGUAAACUUAUUGCAUUGAUUACCACAAAGUAUUUCCAUGGUGAUUGUGGAAACCAGAUUUCCUGUGAAUUAAUUCUGUCAUUUGAAACACUAAAUAAAAACACACUGAACUGUGA